AUGAGCGUCUUCAAUAUAAGCCACAGCUGCACGGUUUAUGUGAACCACGGGCAAGACCGCGCUCAGCCCAAGCCCAGAGGUGGCCCGUUGAAAGGGGACGGUGGUGGUGGUGAUGGCGAUGGCGGUGGCGGUGGAGGUCGCGACCGAAAAUGCUAUAACUGUGGUAAACAGGGACAUUUGUCCCGGGAUUGCGCCAAGUCCAGAGGUGGCCCGUCCAAAAGGGGCGGUGGCGGUGGCGGUGGCGGUGGCAGGGGUCGUGAUGAUGGUAGGCGGAGGGGUGGUGAUGGUGGUAGGCGGCGGCCGUCGUCAAGCGACGGUCUACUGAAAACGGCCUCGCCGCGGCCGAAGAAGGACCUCAAUCAGACCGCUGAAACUGCGCAGCCGCCAAACGAGCUCUACGUCACAGCAAGGGAGACGCCACCGAGCCCACCGCCAAACGUCGUACCGAUAGCAGACACCCAAUAA